GGUGUGUUGUCAAAUGGGUUUUCUCCUUUCCCCUUCGACGCUCCAGCUUCCUCAUUUUUCGUGUCCUGUGUGUGUCCAUGUGGUUGACCAAAUACGAGACAUCGCCUGAGGCAUCGUCGUGAGCGCUGAUGGUGCUGUGCUGGUCCGUUUUCCAAUUGAAUCCUCGACACAUUCGCUUCCACCCCCGCCCAGAUGGCUGACAGAAGCCAUGAGGUGCUUGCGGUAGCAAUUCUAUUUCUCGUUACCUCGUGGAUCGCUGUCAGUUUAAGAGUCUAUGUUCGCGCCGGUAUGCUCAAAACGUUCGGGCCAGAUGAUUGGACUAUGGUAGCGACUCUGCUGCUCUUCACCGCGUACCUUAUCUGCCAGAUUGGAGGUGUCCUGUAUGGCACGGGUAGACAUGCCAAAGACCUUGGCCCCGACAACAAGCGAAGGGCGCUGCGAUAUUGGUAUUUCUGCGAGCUAUUCUACAUAUCAAGCAGCUGCACGCUUAAAAUCGCACUGGGCAUCUUCUUUCUACGCUUCUCUACCAAGAGAACCCAUAUCUUGAUAACACGUCUGUUGAUGAUUGGAACCGUUAUCUUCGGAACGGCCUAUCUCUUCCUCGUCAUGUUCCAGUGUACUCCAAUCUCCAACUUCUGGACCGUCUCUCCCGGAUCAGCACGAUGUGUCGACACUAAGUACCUCAGCGGGGCGACAUACGCCGCGAGUGGCCUCACCGCUAUAGUAGAUUGGACUUUUGGCAUCCUUCCUAUAUUCCUCGUGUGGAACCUACAAUUGGACCGGAGAGCAAAAGCCUAUGUUGCUGGAAUUCUAGCUUUCGCGUCCAUUGGAAGCAUAGCAAUAAUAGUCCGCAUCCCCUACGUUUCAGGCCUGGAUAAUUCGGAGGACUACCUCUGGUCUACCACCGAUCUUGCGAUAUGGUCAACAGUAGAACCCGGUAUUGGCAUAACAGCUGGGUGUUUGGCGACACUGAGACCGCUUCUUCAAACUAUACUCUGGCGUGUAGGACUCAGCUCCUCUACUCCAAGUGCAGCACAACAACUCGGAGGCCGAGGACGAUCAAAUCGCCACAGCAGAUUCGGUCAUCAUCGGGGGAGCCACUGGCUUGCUGAUCUCCGUCCAGACAAUGUGGGGACCGUCACCAGCGUCACAGGCCCUUCGAGAACUAGCAGGCGGACUCGGUCAAGCAGUACAGGUACAGAGCGGAUGAUUUUAGGAAAUGGUGGGAUCACAAAAGAGGUCGUGGUGGAGUACAUGUCUGAGGCGGGUACUGUAUAAUUCUUUGUCUGUUCAGGGGCGUAACACGGCUGUUCAUGGGCGUUCAAAAGGAUGGGAUAGACUCGUGCAAUUCAAGAUGAGGU